AUGGUGGCGCCGAGGCAGAGGCGGGCGCACCUGGGGCCGCCACACGCCUCGGCGGGCCCUCGCAGAUUGCCGCCAGCUGGACGCGCGCCCUGGGCCCUAGCGGCCCUCACUGGUCUGCGCCGGGCCCAGCCCGCAGGGGCCGCCCACAGCCGGCGGACCGGGUCGCAGCUCGGUGUCAGCGGGGCUAUCGCCGGCGGGGACAGAGGGCCCGGCGCUGCCGCCUCGGCCUCACCCCGCGGUCCGCGCCCGGGAUGGGGAGCGCACUCACCUCAGACGCGCCCCGGGUGCCGCUGGAAGAGACAGGGAAAGGAGGCGGAGCCGCGAGAAUGAAUGGAGCCGGCGGCUGCUCGCUGGCCACCUCCGGCCAGCCCGGGGCCGCACCGCUAGCGGCUGCCAAGGCGGGUGCGGCCACCCCCUGCUCUCCCCGAACUCCCAGCUCCUAGUCGCGGGUCGGCCGCGGCCCACCGUGCCCUCCGCCGACGUGACGCACUAGCGCCGCAGCGCCUACAGCCUUCGCUUCCGCCCAGCGCCCGCGCCCACCGCGAAUCCCCCCGCCCGCCCGUGCUGCGCGGCCCCUCCUUGGCGCCGGGGACGCCGCCCUGCCUCCCGCCAGGCCCGGCUGUCAGACGCCGUCCCCGCAGGUGCGGGCUACGCCAGCCCUGGGGCGCCACACGACCCCUCGCCUCGCCACCCGCGCCCCCUCUCUCCGCCCCGGCCGCCGUCACCCGGCAGCGCCCAGCUCAGGACGAUGGCCUGGUAUUAAAGAGUGACCUUGGCUUAGAUAUAAAAAUAGAUGCGGUUAAGCCGCGGGGGCUACGACGCUGAAUUUGCGUAUUCCUUUAAUGCCGACCUUCGCAGGAUCCGGUUCGCACAGCCUGACGGAGUUCUCCAGCCCCGGGCAGGCACUCCUGAAAUUUACCCAGGGUGGGCGCGGCCAUCCUGGCCUCCGGACAGGGGUGCAGAGGGCGCGGGCGAGUACCACGGGCCUCCGUCCUGCCACCUCCAUCCUAAACCUACUGCCACUUAGGGGCAUGCCAGGAAGACUCGUGGGCUUCUUUCACAGCCUAGAGAAGCCCUAGAGCCCGUACUUUCAUCUUGAGAAGUCAGGGAAAUACCAAAUUCCUGCGUUGACCUUUUCUCUUUCACUGUCUAACCGGUACCGACUAACCCUGACCUAGAAAGACAACAGGGUUCCAUCCGGCUUUCCUCCCCUCCCUUUCCGAGCUCAAUUCAACCGUCUUAUGGCCUUUGCUAAUAGCACACUCCUACUGUAAAAAUUAGCCCUCCAGUAUUUAAAACAUAAGUUGUCAUUAAAGUAAUGCAUAUUGUAACCUAAAUAUACUAAAUAAAUGUAUUGAAAAAACAA